AUCUAAGUACGGCUCAUUUCUGACGCACCUGCUACAUAUAAAAAAUCAAAACAAUCGAAGCUUUUGUUGUGAGUUCCGUAGUGAGGUUUGCUCAUUUGUCUGUAAAGGGUUGGAGUGCGUUGAGCAGACUGGAGUGGUUGUUAAAUCAUGGGACAACAUCAUGGCAAGCAAACUGAGAAGGACCAGAAGCUCCUAUUCUCACCUGAAUCUCAGGAUAAGCUAAAGGAGGUCUUCUUGGAUGCUUCAAUUGGAGAUGAAAAAGUUUGUUUGGUGAAAGGACUACAGGAAUGUCUGGGCCGCGUGCUGCACUCGACCAUUGCGGCACGGCUCUGUCAGCAAAUGCACCCGGACGGCGCCGGCAAGAUCGACUACCAGUCGUACGUGUUCCUUACCAACGCGCUCUUCAAGGCCACGCUGGAGCAGCGCAGCGCUCUGGUGGAGACGCUGGCGCGCGGCGACUCGGAUCACGUCGACAUCCUCGACCUCAGACACUACGUGGAGAAGAUGGUGCUGUCGUACGUGUCGGUGCUGAAGCUGACGAAGCGGCCCAAGAUGGAGAGCCUGGAGCGGCUGACCACGGCUCUGCUGGCUGAGUUUAGCGACAAGGAUGCCUCCGUGCCAGUCACACAGAGCGACAUCGAGUCGUGGCUGCUGCGCUGCCCGCUGUUCGCCGCCAUCCAGACCAACGUGUUCCGCUCGGCAUUCAACCUGGACAUCCCUCACGACUACCGACACAUCCUGCCAGACAUGCCCGACAUCGACAAGAGCUACGAGCCGGCCAUCGGCCCCCUGGAGAGGAUGUUCGUCAACUACGCGCUGCCGCAGCAGCAGCGUGACCAGUGGAGACUCUUCUUCUCCAACAAAAUACACGGCCAGAGCUUCAGCACGAUGCUGGGUUCUAUCGUGGACCAGGGCCCGUCCUUGGUGGUCAUCCGGGACACUGACGGGCACGUGUUCGGUGCAUACGCCCCAGAGAGCUGGCACUGCAACGGCGAGUUCUACGGCACCGCCCAGACUUUCCUGUACGCGCUGGACCCCAAGAUGGAAAUCUUCCUGCCGUCGGGAUUCAACGAGAACUACAUGUAUCUGAAUGUGAAUCAGCAGACGCUUCCCAACGGAAUGGGUUUCGGUGGCAAGUUCGAGUACUUUGGUCUGUUCGUGAGCGCCGACUUCGGUCACGGGUUCACGGCGCCCACCUGCACAACGUUCGAGUCGCGGCAGCUCUCUGGCAAGAAACGCUUCCAGAUCGACGUGAUCGAGGUGUGGGGCGUCGGCCCCAAGCCCAAGAAGGUGGACGAUGAUUCGGCGGUGAAGCCGUCCAUCCUGGACGCGGACCCGGAGGGCGCCGCCAUGGUCGAGAUGGUCAAGGGCGGCAUGCACAGCGAGGGGCUGCGGGAGACGCCCACCUCCGACAUCCCGGCAGAGAAGGAGCUGCCGCCCAUGUGAGCGGCUGCCGCCCAUGUGAGCGGCUGCCGCCCAUGUGAGCGGAGCGACUGCGGAGCGUCCGGCGGGACGGGGACGGAAGAACCGACGUGAAUGAAGCGGUGGGACGUGAUUGAAAUACUCCUGUUUGUGUUCUUUCCCUCAGAAAAGGAGGAUUAGUUUCAUAACGACAUAUGAACGAAUGGAGGGUUCAUUGAACGUGUUUGGUUUGGAUGGAAGGCUGUUAAUUUGUGCCACCCACUGCCCGGUUCGGUUGAAGGGUUCUGCGCUGAUUCUGCAAUUCCCUGUCCCGCUCGGGCCAGUUUCCCCGGUCGCUGUAGUGUGUUAUUACCCUAGAUGAUCUUGGCAAUAUUAUCCAAUACUGGUAGGCGGUAGCUUCAUAUUGUGUGCGGGUUGAGUGUACCGAUAUUGUCCUUAAUUGUAGCCGACCUGUGUGCCAAUAGACAUAAGUAUUGCCACAUUCCGAGCAAUCGCUGAAGCGAUGCUCUUUCUGAAUGACACUUAUUUUUGAAGACCGUAUGUCAUAUCGAUUAAUGAUUUAUUCAAAGUGAAUCGAGCCCUAUGCUACUGAUAGUAUUUUGAUUAUUUUUGCAUCGUCUCUUGCUGCCAUAUGUGCGUUUACGCUCUUGUAUUUGUUCAGAUGCGGUACAAAACAGGCUGCGCCAUUGCCACAGAUAAAGUCUUCGAAACAUGUAGACAACUUAGCUUGUAUUUCACUACAUUUAUUAUUGGUUGUGGAUUCAGAUUGUGCAAUAGUAUUGUAGCAAUUUUGGCAAAAUCUUGGGCAACGAUGGGUUGUGUCUACUGUCUUUGCAAUAUGUGGAUAAGACUCAGUUAAUCUUAGACCCAGAUCGCCAAUCUGCAAAAAAAAAAGACUGAUAUUCGAUGAGUGCAAAUAGACGGGAAAAUUGCAACUUUUGACUUCAAGCCGUCCCGAUUGCCGCUGAGACUUGUGUACGUUCGCUAUUCCCUCGUACUUUUCUCUUUCACGGAAUAAUACGGUGACCUGUGAAGUAACUAGAGCCUUUCUUGCCUUCAAUCAUUCUACAAUCUGACUCUUCCAUAUCCACCUAGUGAAACGUUGUGCUAGUUCGAAAUAGCUCAAAUUAGCUCAGUAUUCGAGGUAGUUAAACUACCAGUUGUGCUUGCCAUACAUUACAUAGAAUGACGAGUUGUAGUGCAGGCCUCUGUCGCCACCAAGUUCACUCGAUGUACAAUUUCUAUAUAUUAUUAAAUGUGACCAGACAUAACUAGUUAACAUCGAGAUAGUCUCCAAGACACGUCAUGCAAAAGCAAACCUUACUCUGUUCUGAUUUAUGUAAAUGUCGCUCAAAAGAGCAGCGUACCUUAGGCAUAGUUGCUACGGUGCUGUCCAUAUGCUAAGCGUUUAGAUGAUCACUGCAAUGUUUCGGGUGAUUUUUUUCGAUGUAAUGUUAGAUAUUUUGUAAAUACUGUCCCGUCCUUGUAUGUACAUGUCUUAUGUACCUAUUUCGCGGGUGUAAAUAAAGUAACCGGGCUCAUACCGCUGCUUAAA